AUUAAGAAGAAGAAUAUUGUAGGUCUUACUUCUCUUGAACUCCAGCAUGGCUGCGCUGUACGAGGGAUACACGUUGUGCGGGCUUGUCCCAGCUCAAAAUCUCACAUCUUCAGGAGUACAUGGCAUCAAAUCAGAGAGGGAUGACGACCAUGUGCUGAUUACGGACUCAGCCAGAUCAGUCACUUUGUACAAGGUUUCAGAUCAGAAACCCCUGUGCAGCUGGACUGUAAAACAGGGUCGAAGUUUGACCUGCCCAGUAGUUUAUAACUCCAUUACAAAAGAAUAUGUCGCAGUUUCAGACAACAAGGUCAUUCAAAUUUGGAAGGAAGAUGACAUAAGUUUAGAUAAGGCGUUUAAAGCAACCCUGUCUUCAGAUGUGUGGCAGGUCCACAGUACACAGGGGGCAGAGCCUGUGGUUUUGUUUCAAAGAGGAGCUGUAAGAUUCUUGGAUUCCAUAUUGGCUGCACCGCAACAAACCGUGGAGGAUGUUUUGGCUCACGAAGAAGACCUCAGGUGGAGCACUCAUUUGGUUGCAGACUCUCAGCAUUGUGUCAUUUUCACAACAGAGCAGAAGGGUGACCACUUCCUGUACCUGCAGCGGCUGAACCCAAACAGUCUUCAGAAAUACCGUCUUGAAAGAGAGGAGCUCGGUCUCUGUCCUCUGAGCUUCUCUGUUGCCCUCAGAGAGAAGCAUAUCUGCUUACUUUACCUCUAUCCCAACGGUCGUGUGUAUCAGAGUGUCGUGCCUCUGCGAGCUGUGGGUAGUGAUGAUGGAUCUCAGACCCUUACUCUGCCCCGGACUCUGCUCCUGAGCCUCUCUGUGGGGGAGGGGCAUCUGGAGGCUGCAUCUGCCCUGAUACUGGAUGAAGCGCAUGUUGCUGUUGUAGGUGUCCCACACCCCUCUGCUGGAGCUGGCAAAGAUUUUCUCUGCAUCUGGAAUAUACAUUUUCAGACUCUUCAGGCUGGAAAAGAGAUGGCUGGUAAAAUCUAUGGCCAGCUUUGGAGAUUCUCGAACAAGCUAUUCAUUCCUCAUGGGAAAUCCCUCUCGGUAAUCCGUUAUGAGUGCCCCAAGUCUUGCCUGGCCAUUGCUGUGGGAAAAAUGAGGCAGGCCAGGAUUGAAGAAUGCAAAGGCCCUUCUUCUGUACCCUCGUGGAGUAAUGUAUUGCAUGGGGAGAAAGUGGAACCACCCAGAACAGCAGAUGCCAGAAAAACGAGAAUGAGUCGAAGAACCCAGUCAGCGCCUUCUCUGUCAAUAGAACAGAUUUUGGAGCUAAUAAAGACUGAGCCCGUGGAGAAAGUGCAGCAAGAAGUGGGAGCUUUUAUCUCCAGCUCAAACACCACAGACCUUCAGCUGGUCGCGGGACGGCUUGCUUCUGCUCUUGUGUCCAGGAGUUUGGCAGACUUGACGUUCUACACUGGUGGCCUCCUGUCACAGCUGGUUCAGUCACGGAAUCUCUGCUAUAGCAUUUGCCCAGACCUUCUCCUCCUGGCUUUGGAGAAAAGAGACUACUUUCUGUGUCAGCUCUGCUUGCAGUUCUUUCCCGAUAUCCCUGAAGCGAUCACCUGUGCAUGUCUAAAGGCCUUUAUCAGUAUGACAGACAGCGAUGCAAAUAUUUUAAAUUUGGAUCCUGCUAGUGUCUCAUUCAUGGAUAUGUUGAUCACUAAAGACAAUGCACAGGAUGGCUCGCAAAAUGGUUGUAGUUAUACCUCAGUAAAGAAUGAUUCAUUAGAAAUUAUGGACGGAGCAGUCCCAAAGGAGAACACACAGACUCCACUUGAGGAAACCUGUCCAGUCAGCUUAAAUAAGGCUGUCCUGUUAAAUGAAAUCUUGCAGGCGUCAUACAGUGAAAAUUGCCUACUUCCACACCUCAAAGACCUGUCUUCCCAGCAUGCUCUUGUCUUCCUUCAGUAUCUUCAAUUUCUUUAUUUGAAAUAUUCCCAGGAUGCCUUUCCACAGAGAAAAGAAUUGAGAUCACCCACAUUAAAUCAGGUAAUGGACUGGGUAUGCAUGGUACUAGAUACCCAUUUUACAGUUUUAGUGAUGACUCCAGAGGCCAAGGGGUUACUUUUUAAACUGCACACCUUUGUGAAGUCUCAGGUGAAACUGUUUUCUGAGCUCGGAAAGAUCGGGAGCAGCCUCCAGGAGAUCAAUAAAAUGAAAGCAAAAAAGGAGAUUGGACAAUAUUCAAUAGAAAUCAUAGAGUUGUACUGACGCGAACACUACAAUAGCUAAAAUAAAUGUUCCAUUUUUAUAAUAUAACAAUGCUUUUGAAUAUAACAAAUUGCACAAAUGUGUCUCAGUUUGUAUCUGUUUCUUUUAAUUGUUAAACAUUUCAAUGUUU